UACACAACACACACAGGAAGAGAAUGGACGGAUGCUAAUGCGUUGUGACCCCCCUUCCCCCCCUCUCCCUCCCUCCGUCCCUCGCUUCACUUCACUCGCCUCACCUGCUGCCUGUCCCUGUAGUGCUCAGCGGGGUACAUGACGGAGAAGGGGUUCCUCUUCUUGACCAUCAGCUUGCGGAAGAACAUCGUCAGGCCCUUGCCGAUCUGGAAGGCCACCUCGUCACUCACUGCGUAGAUCGGCUUCGUCAGGGCGUCCAAAAGCGUCCCAGGCAUCACGGACGACACCGGCGGCGGCAGCGACUCACUCACGGGCCCCCCCAUGAAGGUGUUGUCGGCCAUCGAGGGGAGUUCAGGGAGCGAUUCCAGCGAUGCGAUGGUCGACGCGGAGGCGAACAUGUGCAGAGGGGGAGGGGAGGUGCGGUGGGGGUUGCGGCGCUGGGCGAGGGUGUAGAUGGUGUUGAGGAAGUCCUUCCAGAAGUUCUGCCGCGCCAGGCCGUCCAUGAUGAGGUGGUGGAAGAUGCCUACGAUCCACGUCCGGUACGAUGGGUACAGCACCGAACCCUGCGCACAUCAAGACACACCAGCACCAGACGCAGCGAUGGUGCAAGGGAUCGUCCGCAAAUGUGUGUCCGAGUGAGGUGGGUUACCCUUCUGAUUUUCUGAGUGGUGGGUGUGGCCUGGAGCACUCUCAUUCUCCAGAGAGGCCCCGUAGUGGUGGGCAGGGGGUAGUUCUGCUCAUAGCGGAGGAGCUCCUCCCAAUCGCUACACUGAGACAUCUCUAUGUCUGCACACAACACACACAGAUAAGCCAAACAUUGAGCACACAAUGCGAGCUUGUUUCAAUCUCUCUCCUUCUCCCUUCUCUCAUUCUCCCUUUCUCCUCCCGGCUGUCUCGCUGUGCGUGUCUUUCGUCUUACCAGGCUCGUGGUGAGUCUCUGCCCAUCUGCGCCUAAUGCGCCCCCUGUGCUUGUCGACCAGGACCCUGGCGCGCAGAGCGGCGUGUCGCGCCAUGAGCAUCCUGCCGGCCUCCUUCAUGUCCUCGAGGUGAAAGGGCUGGCUCGUGAUGAUACUGAUGGCGUUCUGGAUGAAGAGCGGCCGCUGGAGCUUGACACCGGCGGUGUGGAGGAUGUCCCAGUUCUGCUCCCAGUUGUCCAGCUCUCUGCCGAAGCCAUGCUCGUCCACCUCGCGUGGGGAGGAGGGGGGGAGGGGGGUGGGAUGGGGGGUGCCGUCAGGCGCCAACAGGAUCUCCUGCUCGUCCACCUUGGUGGGGCGGGCGCAGCACGUCAACAUGGCCAGAUCACGCCCGUCUACCGCAGGAGGCAACACUCGCGCGUCAGCAGUCGGUCGACGGAGCUCUCGCGGUCACACGUACACACGAGGCAACAAGCUCAGUCGGUAAAAACGAGUACGGGGGGUGGGGGAAGGCGGAGUGAGACGAAAACUCCGAUGCGCUCCGAUGAAAACAGACGCCGUCGAAGGUGUCAAAACCAAGCAAGAUGAAAGCAGCACAAGUAGAAAAGGAGGUUCGUG